AUUUAUUUUCAAUUCAAUUUUUGCAUGACAAAUUGAUAUCAAGUUAUCAACCGCCCAACACAGGAAAACUGGAAAAUCCAGCAGUACGGCAAUAGCAUUUCAACUGUCAGCAAGUUUGGAGAGAGGUUGCGCGCAAAACCCUUGCCAAAAACAUAUUCUCUCUUUGCCUGCUGUUCUUCCCAAUCAGCGUCGCUCCGAAUUUAUUCCCCAGAUUUAAAAUGCUGCCACCUCGUUUGAAGAAAAGUGUCAUAGACAAUCCAAAAAAGCUUGCUAAUUUGAUUGAUCUAGUAAAUCUCCCAUCAACUCUGCGGGAGUUUGUUGGUCAAUCGCAGAUUUCUCGCUUGGGGUGCUUCAUGCGAGUUUGGUCUUACAUCAAGACAAAUAAACUCCAGGAUCCACAAAACAAAAAUUUUGUCAUUUGUGAUGAUAAAUUGAAGAGUAUUUUGCUUGGAAAAUCAAAGGUGGAUUUAGCUGAGCUUCCUUCCUUGAUCAAAUUGCAUUUUCCCAAGGAGCCAAAGUGAUGUUCACCCUGCAGUUAAGAUGAGGACGAAGACGUUGGUGCUGGUGCAUGCUGCUUCCAUGUCUGCUGGUUAAUGAUUCGACAUCAGAGUGAUCAAUGACAUGUAUUUAAUACAUAUGUAUAGCAUAGUUGUUAGCGAAUAUGCAGCAUAUCAUAAAUUGAAGGUUCAUACACUUUUUUGUUACAUCUCUGGGAUUUAAGCAACUCUUCUUUUGGUUAGGAAAAUCUUUGAGUACACACAUACUUCUUAUAUUCAAACUAUAAUAAGAGCAAUCUUGUUAAAAGUUCGUAUAAAUGAAUUUAUUUCUCCGA